AUGUCGCUUACACUCAAGCUGUCCUCGCUUGCGAUCCGCACCCUCUCAAAACCUAUCGCCAACCAAAUUAAAGCCCAGGCUCGCGAACAUGAGCGCUUUCGCCAUGUGUGCGUAUCAAUGGCACAAGCCCUUCACCGCUUCGACAUGCGUCUUCGACUAGGUUCCAUUCGCGACUCGAGUGCUUCACAAAGACAAGCUGCCGCCGAGGCUGAGGUCAAAAAACAUGCCACGACAAGCCCGACUGUAAAAACACAAGUGGAAACCAAGGCCGAGGAAGAGGCUAUUGAAAAAGCCAAGAAGGCAGCAGAGGAAGCAGCGAAGCCCCGUCAUUAUCGCAUUCGACCCUUGUCCGAAUCGAAAGCGAUCGAGUCCGGCGCCAACUUCAUCAGCGAGACUUUCUUGUUCAUGGUAGCCGGGGGAUUGAUUCUGUUUGAGUCAUGGAGGUCGCGGCGCAAGGAGACUACGCGCAGAGACGGGGUUGAGGAGCGACUGGCCGAGCUCGAGCAGUCAGAGAAGACUGCGAUCCAGGCACUAGUGGCACUGGAGAAAGAGCUGCUGGCAUUGAAGGCCAAGCAUGGCGAGUUGCCAAAGCCUGGACAUCGAAUUUUGCCUCGCGAGGUAUGGGAGGCUCAACCUGAAUCCGAAGAGCCGGCCGUGAAGGAGACUUGGUGGACUAAAGCUACGUCCUACUUCUCCUUUGGACAAAGUGCCUCCACGACAGCAUCAACAGCUCCUGCCACCCAAGAUUCACAUUCCACGGACACAGAACAAAUUGGACAGCCAGCUGCUCCGGCAGGUCAUACUCAACCAUCUGGGAUCAAGAGCUCAUAA